AUGGAACUCUUCUCCAUUUUCUACUCAUUUGCAGAUUUAAUGAACACAGAAGUUCCAAAAACCAAUGUCAUUUUAGCUGUCAGAAAAUUAUUUGCUUUAGGAUACUUUAUUACACAAAUACCACAUACAGAAAGGCAAAGUUACUACAGAGAAAUGAGAGAUCUUGUUGAUAUCGUCAUCAAUGAAAGAAUGCAAUUUCCUGCAUUACAAACAGUUUUCUCUUGCUCUGUUGGUUUCUGCUUGACACAGAUUAUCCCUCACAUUAGGAUUUGUGAUUCAUCAAGCCCAGAAACUCGUGAUAUUUUCGAUCUUUCAAUUAUGGCAAUGAAAUAUUAUAAGAUUUUAAUGACAAUCAAUGACGGAUCACUUCCGAUUUUCCAAACAUAUAUCUUGUAUCUACUCCUGACAUUUACAGAUCCUUCCCAAUUCGAUAAAGAACAUAUUGAGUUACUUGGCGACAUAAUCAACGUCGCAUCAAAAGCAAUUGUCAUACCGGAGAAUAUCAACUUCAACUACGUCGCAUUAAUCGACAAGCUGAUUUGGAUGCUGAAAACUGAAAUCGAAUUAUUAAUGCCAGAAACAAAAGUUUUGAUUUUAGUUUUCUUGACAAAAAUAUGCGCGAGAUUUUCAGUAGGAAUCGAUUUUAUGAUCGAUAAUCAGAAUAUUGAAAAUGUCGCUUUGUUUAUUAUUGGAUAUCUCAAAACUCUUCAGUUUGGCGGAAAGACUACACCCGAGAGAAAGGAUCCUGUAGCAACAGGAUCGAGUGUUCCGUCAAGAUCAAUCAUACUUUCUACUUUUGAUCAAGAAAUUUCAAUUGAUGAUCAAGAAUUGAACAAGAAAUAUCCGAAAUAUACAAAUCCACCACGUUACCCUGACUCAUUAAUGCGAUAUCCAACAGUAAAUGUACUACUUACCGCUCUUACCCAAUUUUCAAAAUUUAAUAUCGAAUACAUUUCAUCAUUUAUACAGAAAAUGCUUGAUUUGACAUCAGAGAACAGAACUUACGAGAUAUUAAUGUUCCUUGCUGCAUUUGUUCGUUCAAUAAUUUUAGCAAAUAUUCAAGGUUACAAAUUACAGCUAGAAAAGGUCAAAAUCAUCGAGAAACUCUACAAUGAAACAUCCUCCAUCUACAUUGAUGAUGAAAUUAUAUUGUUUGUCGUUGAAAUUGACAUAUUUAUGAUGAAAUCUCUUCCGAAACACCAUAAUUGCUUCUCAAUUGCACUUUCCUUACUUGAGAAAUGUCUAACAAGACUCCAGAACUCACAAUUCCUCAUUGAUUGCCUUGCUUUCAUCGCUGUUACAUGUCCUUCCAAAUUAAAGACAGUUUUGCAAGACAACAAGUACGAUUUACGUAUUGCAAAUCUCAUGUUCUUCCUACAGAACAAACAUGUCGAACAAAUCAAUGCAAAUGCUUCUCAAGAAAUACUAGAAAAUAUCAAAAAGUGUCGUUUGUCACUUUUUACAAUUAAUGAAGUUUUUCUUAAUGAUAAUGUUUUAUGUUCAUUCUUCUUUGAGUCAGAGCCAUUUGUUGAAUCCAUUAUACAGCAUUUCUAUGAAGAGAAAACUUCCAAAUUCGCAUUGAAACUGAUAAAGAAAGGUUUGUCAAAUUUGGAGAGAAAUUCAAAAAUUAUUACAACAAUAAGUUCUUUCUUCUGUCAAACAAUUAAAAACGCGAUAGAAGACACGAAGUACAGGGAAUACGCGAGAUCAAUCAUUGAUGCAACUAAUGAUGCAACAGCUGCAGCUGUUUUGACUCAAAAAUUUGUUCAGUUGUUCAUUAAUUUCGUAAUAAAUACUAAAGAAGAAAAAGAUCUUUUCGCAAUUUUGAAACUAGCUCAAAACUGUGCGAAAUUACACGGAAAGUUCAAAGAAUUCUUCACAUCAUAUGAACUGAUACAAAUGAUACAACCUGCAGUAGAAGAAAUAGCAAACAAAGGUGGAAAAUUUAAACUAAUCGAAAAAAUUUGGUUCAUCAUUUUCGAUGCAGAAAUUUUGCCACCUUUCCUCAAAAAUCAACAAAUAGAAGAUAAAAGUGACAACAUUACAAAAAGUGACACUACUUCAAAAAGUGACAAUUCGCCUGUAAAAAGUGACAUUGUUCUAAAAAGUGACAACCAAGAAUAUGUUAUUCAUAAUGCAGAGCCAUUGUGUUUGAUUUUUGAUUUGUUGAGGAAAAGUGAUAAAGAAGAAUGUGUUGAAUUCCUUAAGUUCAUGAGAAAAACAUGCGAAGAAUCAACAAGUAGUGGUUUACAAACGAAUAACUCAUCAUUUACAACUGUUUUGGUCAACUUCUUGUGCGAAUACAGAAAUUCAGAGGAAAUCGAUGAAUUGUUUACAGAAGCAUCGAAUCUUUUCACUUUCUUGGCACAAUAUUCCAUCAAAUCUGUUGAUUUAAUGAUGAUCUUCCAAAAUAUGACUGCACUUCCUAACGGCAAAAAACCGAUUUUGACAAACGACUUUUUGAAUUCAUUGUUGAUUAUUUUCCAGUCACCAUUUGAAUCACCAUCAUCUUUCUUCCACAUACAAGACAAAGGAUCAUGUAUUACCAUUCCGAAUAUAACAAUUUCCCAACCGAUAACAUCAUUUUUGUUUAUGAUUGACAUCGCACUUUUGGGAUAUACAACAAAAGGGAAAUUGUUGUUUAUGGAAUGCCAAUCAUCGGAAAGCAUCUUUUCUGUUAAUUUCCAUAACAAUUUAUUGAAAUGUGCUUAUAGAGAUAAUACAAAAGCAGAUUUCUUUGAUUUCGAUAUUGGAAUAAUUCCAAACAUGUGGUCAAAUUUAAUUAUUUGCUACAACCAAAGCAUUUUCAGUGUGUUCAUGAAUGGAAAAAUGAUUGGACAACAUGAACUGAAGAUCAAACCAUUCACAGAGAAAUUCAAUUCUAUUCCUCUUUGUAUUAAUAUCCCUGCAAAUAUCGGUUUAUGUCUUUUGAGUCAAAAUCUAAAUUAUGAUCAAGAUUUUGUCAGAAAAUUAGGACAUUUACCACGCCAAAACAACACUUCAUUCGAUCCUUGCGAGAAAGGAGAUUUCCCAAGCGAGUUCGAGAUGUUGUUCAACAAAGAAUUCUCUGAGAGUUUGUUGUUCAUCAUGAGCGCAAGUAUCUGUAGUAAUGAAAAAAUUGGAAAUCUGAGUCAUUUAAAGGAGAAAUCGUACAUUUCUAUGAGAAAUGGCUCAACAUUCGGAUUUUAUCCAACAUCAUCAAUGGUUAUAUCAGCUAUUGGUGGUUCCGGCGUCUUGAUUCCUUUCUUCAGCCAAUUGGAUAUGUCAAGUGCAAAAUCCGAAGAUUUUGACACUUCAUUUUUGCCAGUUUUAAUCAAACUUUUGAUAGCUUUCUUGAGAGAAAAUCCAGAAAAUCAAAAGUCAUUCUCCAAUUUAAAGGGAUUCAAGAUGAUUGGCAACUUGAUUUUCCGUGCAUCAUCAAGACAAUUGACAUUACAAGUUGUUGAAUUGUUUAAGAUGUUGUUUUUCGAAUUAACUGUUGAAGAUUUGAUUUUGUCAAUGAUUUUGAACAUUUUCUUGGAUGUAAGAAUGUGGAUUUACGCUGAUAUCAAAGUCCAUGUCUACAUUUACCAAGUUCUUAAUGAAAUCUAUGACAAAGCAUCACCAAAUAUCAGAGAACUCCUUUUGAAAGAAGCAAAUCUUCCAAACAAAAUCUUGUUCAUGAUCAAAACUUGUUAUUGGUGCAAACCAACGCCAAAACUUUCUUUAUUUGCAAGUCCUAAGAUCUUAAAGAACUCCAAAGAAGGCGAAAUACAUCGUCCUAAUGAUUUGGAAGUCGUAAGAGUUGAACUAUGGAAAUUAUUGCAGAAAAUGUUCGCUGACAAUUUCACAGAAUUCAAUUCUUUGGCAUUGAUUUAUUUCGCAACAGAUGUCGAUGAUAUCAUGUUGACUUACGAGACAUUGAGAUUCAUGGUUUCAAUGAUACAAUCCCAGGAUCAAAGAUUAGUUGAUGCCAUUGCAAGCCACAUUAAUUUCGAGGCUUUCUUCCCAUUGCUUCUCUCCGAAAAAGAAGAAUUACAUAUCCUUUGUAUCCAUAUUUUUGUAAAGUUCUCAAAAUUGGCGCCAAAAUAUUCAGAACUAUUCCUUUCUCCUUAUACAUUUGGCGAAUGGGUUGACAGUAUUUUGGCAGUGAUGAACACCAACCAAAACUCUGUCAAUUUGGCUGACAACAUUUUCGGAUAUGUUUUCAAUUUAUUUGACAAAGAACAAGAAGGAAAACUCAAAUUGAAAUUGAUUGAAAUUCCAAACAGCGAUGAAAAUGAUUUGGAAAUUGAUGAUGUUACGUUCUUGGCUAUUGGUAUCAUGGCAAUAACUCCUUUCGAUGAUGAAUUGGCUUACGUUUAUUUAUCAAGACUCAACAAAGGUCUCAAACAGAAACAACAACAAUUAUUGAAAUGUCCUUCUUUGGUCACUUCACUUUUGUUCUUUUUGAUUGCACAUUGUCCAAAUGAAUCCAUUAAAUUCGACAAAUCAUGUCAAGUAGUAUUAAACAUUUUGGCAGGAAUCUAUUGCAGUUCCGACAAAAAUGUUUUAGAUGAAAUGAUUGUUUUGUUGGAUUUAUUGACAGAAAGGACACAAAAAGAAUACACUUACAUAUCAAGAGCUGUUUUAACAGAGACAAUACGUUGCUCUUUGAAUGGCGAAUAUUCAUUUGCUUCUGAGAAAUUGUUGAUUGAUGUUUUGAACACAACUUUUGUUUAUUUGUUCUCUAUUUCGAAUUCAUCUAAAUACGCAAUUGUUCCUUAUCCAGAAGAAGUAGUAAAUGAAGAUGAAAAGCCAUUGACAUUCCAAGAAUUAACACAAUUAAAGAUGUCGAAUGACACAAUAACAUUGAAUUAUUCAUUUGGGACUCGUUCUCUAAAAAAACAAAUUUGGAAAGAUGCUGAUUUGGCUGAUACUUUCUUGAGUUGUAUAGAAGGAAUGCCUGAAAACAUCUCAAUGAACCAAAUUGUUUUUGCUAACGCCAAAUCCCUAUUCUUCCUUUACGGUUUCGUUCUUGCAAAUGGUUUGAUGCACGCGCCUCAUUUCCCGAUGUUUUCAAACCACAUCAGAUUUUUGACAAAUAAAAUCCCAACUGAUGGCGGUUUGUCGUCUCCUCAGAAACAAGCCUUCAUUUGCUAUAUAGCAGGUUUGAGCCAUAUAUACAUGAGGACAGAUAGAAACCACGUCAGCCACAUUUACAUGACAGAAGAUGCAGAAGCAUUUGGAAUCACGUUUAAAGCUGUUUUCAACAUGAAACGGAGAAUUCAAUGGGGAUCAUCAAUUGACUCAUUUGAAGGAUGUUUCAAGUCAAGAGGACAUCAUUUCGCACACCAAGCUUUAGAGGAAUUCUCUAAAUACGAAAGCGAAAUGCCUUUGUUAAUCAAAGAAUACGAAAAGAAUCUUUCAAAGACGAUACAAACAGUUACAGGAAACUUUGAAAGUAUUUCGACCAAUUUCGAAAGAUUGAAUGAAAUCGCGAACUCCCAAAAUACUAAAAACAAGAAAUUGCAAGUAACAAUGCAGAUGAUGCAGUUCUCUUCAACAAUGAGAAACGAAAUGAAUAUUGGCGCUAAACUCUACAAACAAAUGAUCAGAACAUUGAGUUCAGAAAACGGACCAUGGAAUUCUCCUGAUUCAAAUCAAACAACACAUUACAAGUUGGAUGAUACUUUCCAGAGGAAUUUCAGACGUGGAAAGAUGAUUGAAAACACAUUGUAUUCUGAUCACAAACACGCAUCUAUUCUCAGAGAUACAGGAAAUAUCACAAACGCUGUUCAUUUGUUCACUGAUCACUUAAAGAAACUGAGAAUUGCAACAUUUGCUGGUGAAGAAGACAUUGUUUUUGGAGAUAACGAUGUUUUGGAUGAGAAAAUCAUUCAGAAGGGUGAUUCCGAGACAGACAAAGGAAAUAUCUUGAUCAAAAUUGAUGCAAGAUUAGUUGCAAUGAAGAAAGUUUUGAGUGGAAGUGUUGUUUUGACAACAGAUUACUUGAUUUUCGAAUCAGAUGAGAAAUAUAUUGAAAUCGAAUGUAAGACAAUAGAAGCUGUCUAUUUAAGACAUUAUUUGUUACUCGACACAUCAUUGGAAGUAUAUACAAGUGCCAGAAGAGCCAUUUUCCUUGAUUUCCCAGGCGGAAAGAGAAAACAUUUCUUGGAUGUUUUGAGAAAACAAAAAUUUGCAAAGAAGAUUUUCAUUCAAUAUAACCAAAGUGAUAUCAAUCCUUUAGUUAAGAAAGCAACAGAAAUGUGGUGCGACGGACAACUGAGUAACUUCGACUAUUUGAUGAAGAUAAAUAUUUACUCAGGAAGAUCUUACAACGAUUUGUCUCAAUACCCUGUUUUCCCAUGGAUUUUGUCAGAUUAUUCGUCAGAAAAACUUGACUUGAAUUCGCCAGCUUCAUACAGAGAUUUGUCGAAACCUAUUGGUGUUUUGGACGAAGAAAGAUUGGAAGUAAUGAUGGAAAGAAGCAAGUCAACAGAUGACGAAGAAAACAACUACUUGUACGGCUCUUUUUAUUCAUCUGCAGCUGUCGUAAUUGGUUUCUUAGUAAGAAUGGAACCAUUUACUUCACUUCACAUUGAAUUACAAAGUGGCAGAUUUGACAUUUCUGACAGAUUAUUCCAUUCAAUUCCACGAGCAUGGGAGAGUGUCAUUCACACGACAAUGGACUUCAGAGAACUUAUUCCCGAAUUCUUUUAUCUCCCAGAUUUCCUUGUAAAUUCGAAUGGCUUCGAUUUAGGAAAAGGAUCUACAAUAAACGGCGAUGUUUUGUUGCCUCCUUGGGCAAGUAGUCCUUCUGACUUUAUCAGGAAGAACAGAGAAGCUCUUGAAAGUCCAUUUGCUACACAAGGUUUGCCAUAUUGGAUUGAUUUGAUUUUCGGAAUUAAAUCAAGAGGAAAACUCGCGAAAGAAUGCAAUAACUACUUCGCGCCUUUCUUCUUCACAGAGUCAAUAACGAAAGAAGUCAUGAAAGACGCAGCAAAGUUCAAGUUCGCUCAAGAAUUCGCUGCUUGUUUCGGAAUGGCUCCUCAAAAAGUUUUUGACACUUUACAUCCAGAAAUUCGUCAAAAGUCACAGAAAAUCGAUCCACCGCAAACAUUGCAAUUAUUGGAUUCCACGAUGACAUCAGAGAUUGUCUGCAUUUCCGCCAUUUCGAAGACAAUUGUCGCUGUCACAAAAGACUGGGGAAUCAUCAAAUUACUUCCAAACGAAACAGAAGAAGUUGGUGAUAUUGGAAGUGGUUUGGCAACAGGUCUAAAACAGGAAAAGCCAAUAGUCAAGAUAAGCGAUUACAAUAUGAUCAUAGCUUCUGAAUUUGACAGAGCUUUUUCACUUGUUAAUCCAUUGACUUUUGAAAGAAAAGUGACAACAAGAAAACAUAUUGGAAAAGUCACAGCUGUUUGUGUUUCUCAGAACUACAUCGCGACAGGAGAUUCCGAGUCAACUGUCCGCCUCCAGGAGAUCAACAGCGAAAAGGCUACUUUCGUUCCUUUCCAUAAAAGUGUCAUCAAAGCACUCGGAAUUUCGGAAGACGCCGAUAUCCUUGUCUGUUGUUCUGAAGACGGAUUUUUGUCGGUUACGACGUUGACAACGGGAAGAACAUCGCAUAUCAUGAAAUGCGAUGACGGGGUACCUAUUUACGCGGAUAUAACUGGCUCUGGUUGCAUAGUUGUCAUUUUCGAGAACAAAGAAAAUUUGAUAAUAAGAUCUUUCGAUAUUAACUUGAAUUCGAUCAACUCUUGCACUGUUGCAGGUAGAUUUGCUUGCGCUGACAUAUUCGAGUGGUGCCAUAAAGCAACUCACGCGAUUAUUUCAACAAAAGAUGGUUCUCUUAUGAUCAUCAACGUUGAGUCGGCUGAAGUCAUCUGGGAUAUCCAAAAGAAUGUUGUUAAUGUAACUGCAUGCGCUUACAGAGAAGAAUGCCAAGAUAUAAUUUUAGGAACGGCGGAAGGGAAAAUUGUUUCUCUCCCACUCGUUAAUUAG